AUGGAGGACAAAAGACGGCGAGCCCGAGUGCAGGGAGCCUGGGCUGGUCCUGCUAAGAGCCAGGUCACUGCUCAGCCAGGCAAGUACCUGUGGGGAUCUCCUGUUUUUGUGUGCAGACUUGGUAAAACCUGGAUGAACAAGGAGCAGCAUCUGUCUGACAGACAGUUUGUGUUCAAAGAACCCCAGGAGGUGGUACGCAGAGCCCCAGAGCCACGAGUGAUUGAUAAAGAGGGUGUGUAUGAAAUCAGCAUGUCACCCACAGGCGUAUCUAGGGUGUGUUUAUGUCCUGGCUUUAUUGACUUGAAAGAAGCCGACUUGAUGUUUGAACAGCUUUGUUGGGAUGUUCCCUGGAAACAGAGGACCGGCAUCAGAGACGAUGUAACUUAUCAGCAGCCAAGACUUACAGCAUGGUAUGGAGAACUUCCUUACACUUAUUCAAGAAUCACUAUGGAACCAAAUCCUCACUGGCAUCCCGUGCUGCUCAUGCUGAAGAACCAAGUUGAAGAGAACAGCGGCCACACCUUCAACUCCUUGCUCUGCAAUCUGUACCGGAGCGAGAAGGACAGCGUGGACUGGCACAGUGAUGAUGAGCCUUCACUGGGGAGGUGCCCCGUCAUUGCUUCUCUCAGUUUUGGCGCCACGCGUGUGUUUGAGAUGAGAAGGAAGCCCCCACCAGAAGACAAUGGAGACUACACGUAUGUGGACAGAGUGAAGAUACCCUUGGAUCACGGGACCCUGUUAAUCAUGGAAGGGGCCACGCAAGCGGACUGGCAGCACCGAGUGCCCAAAGAGUACCACUCCAGAGAACCAAGAAUAAACUUGACCUUUCGGACAGUUUAUCCUGACCCUCGAGGGGCGCACUGGAAGGGUGUGGGCGAGCGCUGUGACAUGCGCCUGCCGCGCGGCGCCUCUGAUGCUCCAGGCGCCCCUGAGAAGGAAGGCGAGCGGCAGCCUGCAGGAGCAGCCUUCGCCGUGGAGACAGAACGGCGGUCUCGCCUUUCUCAGAGGCUGUGGCAGGAAGGCCCUCCCCAGGAGGCUCUGCAGCUCUGA